AUGGUUUCAACUCUGCGGUUUGGCAAGAUUUAUUCGACUGGCUCGUUGCCCCGGCUAGUUCUUCCUCGGAAGUUCUGUUCAUACACAUCAACCUCUCCAUCGAAAACCGGUUUGGCAAAUCCAGAGCUUCAUUAUCCAUCAACGGCCGUUUCUGUAAGAUCAUCAUCAUCGCUCAUCGAUUCUAGAAACGGUUUCUGCAACGCAAAUUCAACGUUCUACAGCAAACGAAACCCAUUGCCACUUCCUGCGAACACGUCGCUCGACAUCACCACUUUCAUCUCCUCUCAACCUCACCAUGGCACCACCGCCUUCAUCGACGCCGCAACAGGCCACCGUAUAAGCUUCUCCCAUUUCUGGAGAGCCGUCGAUCGCGUCGCCGACUGUCUCUAUCACGACAUCGGAAUACGGAGAGGCGACGUCGUACUCAUCCUCUCUCCCAACUCCAUCUCCAUCCCGGUCGUCUGUUUCGCCGUCAUGUCACUCGGCGCCGUCGUCACCACCGCGAAUCCUCUCAACACCGCCGGGGAAAUCUCCAGACAGAUCGCAGACAGCAAUCCAAAGCUCGCCUUCACAACUCCAGAUCUGGCUCCUAAACUCGCCGCCUCCGCCGCUCUCUCCGUUGUCCUCACGGAGGAUCGCACGGGAUCGUCAGAUCUCGGAGUAUGUGUCGUUGGGAAGUUGAACGAGAUGAUGGAAAAGGAACCGAGUCAGAAGCGAGUCAGAGACCGAGUUGAUCAAGAAGAAACAGCGAUGCUUCUCUACUCGUCGGGAACAACGGGACGAAGCAAAGGAGUGAUAUCGUCUCACAGGAACUUGAUCGCGCACAUGGCGAGAUACAUCGCGGAGCCAUUGGAGCCGAAUCAGACCUUCCUCUGCACAGUUCCGAUGUUCCACACCUUCGGAUUACUGAACUACGCCAUGGCCACCGUAGCUUUGGGCUCAACGGUGGUGAUUCUCCGGAAGUUCGAUCUGCACGAGAUGAUGGCGGCGGUGGAGAAGUACAGAGCCACGACUCUGGUUUUGGUGCCGCCGAUUUUGGUUGCUAUGAUCAACGGCUCAGAUUUGAUCAAGGCAAAGUACGAUUUGACCUCACUCAAAGCGGUUAGAUCCGGUGGGGCCCCAUUGAGCAAGGAAGUUACGGAGAGUUUUUUAGAAAAAUAUCCAACGGUUGAUAUUUUUCAAGGGUACGCUUUGACGGAAUCGAACAGCUCAGGAGCUUCGACAGAUUCGGUGGAGGAAAGUCAGAGACACGGUACGGUGGGGUUGUUGUCGUCCGGUGUAGAAGCGCGGAUAAUGGAUCCGGAUACGGGUCGGGUCAUGGGUGUGAACCAUAUGGGCGAGCUCUGGCUCAAAGGUCCCGCCAUUACAAAAGGUUAUUUUAGUAACGAAGAAGCUACAAACGAAACAAUUAAUUCAGAAGGAUGGUUUAAAACUGGAGAUCUCUGCUACAUCGACGAUGAUGGAUUUCUUUUUAUAGUGGAUCGAUUGAAAGAGCUAAUCAAAUACAAAGCUUACCAGGUCCCUCCAGCUGAACUAGAAGCUUUGUUGUUCACUCAUCCGGAAAUCGUUGAUGCUGCAGUAAUCCCAUUUCCGGACAAAGAAGUAGGGGAAUUUCCGAUGGCGUACGUUGUAAGAAAUACAGGAAGCUUCUUAUCAGAGAAGUCAGUGAUGGAGUUUGUAGCAACACAAGUAGCACCAUACAAGAAGAUACGAAAAGUGGCUUUCGUAUCUUCCAUACCAAAGAAUCCUUCAGGCAAGAUUCUGCGCAAGGAUCUCAUAAAGCUCGCAACUUCCAACUCCAAGCUUUAAUAUUGUUACAACUUAGAAGACUUCAAUAAAAGCCGGUCUCAUUGUCUAGUUAUCAGAU